AUGGAGCAGAGCGCGCCAGCGACGCCAAAGAAGCGCAAACACAGCGAGUACCACGAUCCAGACUAUCUCCAAACAGCUUCAACUAAUGAAGAUAGUGAGGAUGCAGCUACAAACCAGCAAAAGCGGACGAAACUGGAGACGGAGUCGGCGGCCGAGGAGGAGGAAGAAGAGUUGGAUAAAUCAGCUCAGCCACAGCGCGUGCCCGUGCCAGACACAACGGAGAAGGUGGAGCGUAUCUGUGAGAUCGUCCGCGUAGAAUUUCAGAGGGAAAUCUCGCUUAAGGAUGAGCAGCUGGCCGAGAUAGAUAGACGACUGCUGCAGGCGCGUCAACUGCUGGACAAGCUGCGCUUUGAAGUGGUCAGCGAGUACUAUAGGAAGCAACAGGUUCCCCUGGGCGAAUCACUGUUCAGCGAUGAAAGCGCUGGUCCACAGUUGCCUCUGCAUCCGGCCAUUAAGAAGAUUGUCGGAAAGCGCCCAUUGCUCAUCCAGAACCACCUGCCAGAGCGCACGGCUGCCACACUGGCCAAGCAGACGAUAAGGCAGCGAAACCCAGCGCACCGCCGUGCGGAGCGUCGCAGACAGCAAAAGAUUCGCGAGCAGGGAAUUGUCAUCGAUCAUUCAAAAGAUCAACAGCAGCAAUCAAUCAAUAUCAAGGUGGAAGAUGAGCAGCCAUGCACCAGUCGUCAGGCACACGAGCGGCAACAGCAGCAGCAACUGGAGCUGAAUUCUUCGCGAUUGAACAACAAGAACAAAUUCAACUUUGUGGUGGGCAACACAUCCAAAUACAUUGGUGGGGAUGGCAAAACUACAUUGGAGAAUGGUGGCCAGGCCCUUGUCUACAAAUGGCUGGUCUAUGUCCAGGGCAAAGAUCUGCCAAAACCCCUGGAGACGUAUAUCAAGAAGGUGCGCUUUCAGCUGCAUCAUUCGUAUCGGCCCAACGACAUUGUGGAUGUUCAUGCGCCGCCAUUUCAGUUGAAUCGUCGUGGCUGGGGCGAGUUCCCCAUGCGGAUACAGCUGUUCUUCCACGAGCAUCUGCGCCAAAAGCCCGUGCAACUCAUGCACACGGUCGUGCUGGAUAAGACAAUCUCCUUCUGCUCUUGCUCCAGCUCCCUUCCCACCCCCCAUUGA